GGGCAACUCGCGAGUUGACUCGCAACUCGCCUCGUCAUAACUCGCAUCACCGAGUUAUGUCGAGUUCCCGGACUCGACUCGCCUCGACUCCCUCUGCAGAAACACUAGCCGCGCCAGUGCCGCCCGCGCGCGGCGCAGUGUGCAGAGUGGCGGCCCCCGGCUUGCGAGGCUGGUCGGCUUUCGCGCGUCCUCAUGCACGUCUCGUAUUGCUGUCACUGCUGUGCGAUCCACACCUGUGAGAAUAAGAUCAGUCAGCGCACUAUAAAGAAGGCACUCUCAUGGUCCACUCUCCCGCCUGAACGAGGACGCUGUUGGCUACCACCAUGUCCUUCUCUAGCAUCUCCCUCUCCUUAGCCGGAGCGAUCCUCCUCUACACGCUUUGGAAAGUCGCUCCGCGAUGGAUCGACUGGUACCGCUCGAGCCUCCGCGAUAUGCCAGGCCCCCGCCGCUCGAGCUGGCUGUAUGGCAACCUCGGAGACAUGCGCUCCGAAGAACCUGGUGUUAUGUUGCAGCGCUGGGUAGACCGGUACGGGCAUGUAGUCAGGUACAAAGUAUCCAUGAAUGCGGACGUAGUCUUGAUGCAGGACACGAAGGCGAUCAACCAUGUCCUUACGCAUUCGCAUGACUUUCCGAAGCCUGAAAUCGUGAGGUUCAACCUAGGCCAGAUAUUGGGCAAGGGUCUCCUUGUCGUUGAAGGCGAACAGCACAGGCAACAAAGGAGAAUCUUGAACCCCGCGUUCGGACCCGUUCAAAUCCGCGGCCUCACCGACGUCUUCGUAGAGAAAGCCCGCCAGCUCCGCGACAUCUGGCAAGAGCGACUCGCCCAGACCGGGGAUGAGGCCCAAAUGGACGUCGUCAGCGGCCUCAACAACAUGACGCUCGAUGUUAUCGGUCUGGCAGGCUUCAAUUACGACUUUCACUCGCUCAACCCGGAGGGCAAGCCCAACGAGCUCCGGCACGCGUUCGACGUCAUGUUCCAGGUCAUCUCCGGCAGCGGUCUCUCCCUCCUAGGCGUCCUCCGCGCGCGCUUCCCCAUCGCCCGCAUCAUCCCGAGCAAGAUCGCGAGCCGGAUGGAAGACGCGCAGCGCGUCGCACGGCGCAUCGGGAUGCAGCUCAUCGCGGAGAAGAGGGCGGCGAUCCUGCGCGCGGCCGCUGCGACGGGCGAGAAGGAGAUCAGCGGCAAGGGCUUGCUUGACCGCGACUUGCUCACCCUGUUAAUCAAGGCGAAUAUGAGCACGGACGUCCCGGAGAGCCAGCGAUUGUCGGACGAAGAUAUGCUCGCACAGGUCCCUACCUUCCUCGUCGCCGGACACGAAACAACCUCGACCGGGACCGCCUGGUGCCUCUUCGCGCUCGCCCAGGACCCCGCCGUCCAAACCCAGCUCCGCGACGAGCUCUGGAGCGUGCCCACGGAGAACCCGACGAUGGACGAGCUCAACGCGCUGCCGUACCUCGAGGCGGUCGUCCGCGAGACCAUGCGCGUGUACGCGCCCGUGUCCGCGACGAUCCGCAACGCGGGGAGCGACUCCGUCAUCCCCCUCGAGCGGCCGUACGUCGACACCAAGGGGAACCUGUGCGAUAGCGUGCGGAUCCCGAAGGGUACCCGCGUGGCUAUCCCCAUCAUGCCGAUCAACAAGUCGAGGGACCUUUGGGGCCCGGACGCACAUGAGUUCAAGCCAGAACGCUGGAUGACCGGCACCAUCCCCGAGGCCGCGCACCAGAUUCCGGGCGUGUGGGGCAACAUGCUCACCUUCCUCGGCGGGCCCCGCGCGUGCAUCGGCUACCGGUUCUCCCUCAUCGAAAUGAAGGCCCUGCUCUUCGCGCUUGUUCGGUCGUUCGAGUUCGAGCUCGCGCUGCCGAAGGAAGAGAUCACCAAGCUGGCGGGUCUCGUGGACCGUCCCUUCGUGAGGGCAGAAAAGGAGAAGGGAGCUAGGCUGCCGCUGAAGGUCAAGGUUCAUGCACGUGCCGAGUAGUGAUUCUGGUCGAGGUUGUGAAGUGGCCAGGGAUGUCUGCGGACUCGUUCGAUGAGUAACUUAUCUUAUCUGCCUUGUAAUUGUGUAUGUACUGGUGUGUUCUCAGCUGUCAGA